AUGUUCUCAAGGGCUCCGGUGUGGUGGGUCCCUGGUGUGAUGGGAGCUGUGACAGCCCUGCCAAUCCAUGUCCAUCAAGGGGUGGACUUGCUUGUCCUGAGGGUGCUGCUGUCUCUGCUUGCAGUAUCCUUGUGCCCUGCAGCUGGAGCCCUGAUUCCUUGCCAGGGGCAGUUUGGGUGGGCUCUCCCCUGCCGAGGAGGGCAAUGCCUCUGCCAGGUGCUUGUGGCCGAGCUGUCCCCUGGGUGCUGGGGCCCCUUGGGCCCUGGGGUUGAUCCCUCAGGGGCUGUAGGAACUCUGCCAUGGCCCUUGCCUUCAGCUUGGCCUUUUUCUGCUCCCUUCUUGCAUUCCCCUGCUGUGCCUUUGUGCCCAAGUGCUGCAGGUCCUUCUUGUGCCCCUCCUGCAGCUCCCUCAGUGCCUGUGGGUGCUCAUCCUCUGACAGCUCCCAAGCUUUCUGCAAAACCAUUUCUUUCUCCAGUGAUCCCAACCAAAUCCUUAAAAGAUAAUGUCCAUUCUAAAAUGUAUAAUCCACAUUUCCCAUAUUUUUUGUCUGCUUCCUCCCUGUGCUCAGGGUCCCCUCCCCAGCCCGUAUCCCAGAGCCAGUCCCUGUCCUGCCGCAGUGUCCAAAGGCGCCCCCCGGCGGGCAGGGCCGGCAGCUCCACGGGCCCGGGCAGCGGCCGGGGCGUCCCGCAGCCUCCUGGGGGCCGGGGGCCACUGCUGGCCCUGCCCGGGGCUGGUGGGGUCAGGCAGCGCCCGGCGCUGAGCCCCGGCUGCCCCACAGCCCCGGCCCGGCCCCACAGCUCCCCACAGGCCCCCAGCCCGUGCUCCCGGUCCCGCACCUCUGUGCCUGGUGCUGCCGCUGCCCACCACAGAGAAACCCUUGAAAUCCUGACCUCCUUGAUUUCCUGCCCUGGAAACUGGGCAUAGAAUGGAUCUGGAUCAACUGGCAAAUGUUGAGACUAAGACCCUUCUGAAAAACAUCCCAAUCCUCAGUAUUUUUCUCUUCCUUCUCCUUUCCAUCAUCGUUUGUCAUUGAUUCCUCCUUCUUCUUCUUGCCUUAUCCAUAUUCCUGCACACUCCCCUUCACGCAAUCCCUUUCCAGCACACCAACACCAUCCAACCCCUGUUGUCUAAAUCCCUUCUCCACUUCCCUUAUUGCCCUCCUGGGUGUCCAUGUCCUUAAUUACCUCUUGGAGAAUGUGCAAACUGCCUCAACAUUCUCCCGUUCCUCUGAAGGGACCCUUCAGAGAUAUUUUGGGAUCAUCAUCCCUUUGGCCAGGACCCCUUCCCAGCUUUCCCUUUUCUCCCCUCCAUGGGUGCCCUGCCAUGUUCACUCCCCGAAGAUCCCACUGCACUCACUGAUGAGAUUUUCAGAGCUCUCUCCCUGCUGACUCUUCAGACCCCCCCGAUGUGUCACUCAUCUGUCUCCUGGUCACUCUCGGGUACCCAAUCAAUCCCCGGUGCUGCUGCCACCCAAGGGAGCCGAUCCCCCAAACUGGGUGGGGCACCUUCAGCUGCACUCACUGCCUGCC